AAUGCACAGUGCAAUAUUUCUUUGAAGGCUUGAACCCUCAACAUUAAUAUUACACUACAUUUGUUAUUAGUAUAUUGUAGGUGGGGGACAAAGUGCAAUCCAAGUAAACUUGAGCUCAUACUAUUAUGUUGUCCUUCCACACCUCUUUAUUAGCAACUGCAUAGUACAUGGUAUAUUUUAGCUGUCACUAUGAUCACUGCACCCACCUGCAUUUAUAUAUCGGAUUAAUCCACUUAUGUUAUAGUUUUACUAAACAUGGAAGGACAGAGAGUGAGUCACUUGAGGCUGCUCAUUCUUUUGUUUGCUAUGGCGUUGACAAUUAGUGUCAGUUGUAGUGCUGACAACAGAGAUUUUACUUCUCUAACUCGUCCAGGGGAUGCUGCAAAAAGAAACAAAAGUGGUUAUAACAAUGCUGUGAUGAACAACAAGAGAAACUACGAUGGAGGUGGUGGUGGUGGUAGCGGAAUUGGAGGUGGUGGAGGGUGGGGAUGGGGAGGAGGGGGAGGCGGGUGGUGGGGGUGGGGAUGCAGGAGGCAGGAAAAAUAUAAUGACAGAGGGAGUGUCAAAAAGGGAAACUAUGGUGAUCAUAAUGGUAAAGUGCACAAGAAUGAGAGGGGUGAGUAUAUAAUGGGAGAGUAUGCACAAUGCAUGGGGAGGGGAAGAUGCAGAUGGAGGAGAUUGGACUGCCCUCUUCACUGUGGGGGUGCUUGUUUCUAUGACUGUAAACAUAUGUGCAAGGCACACUGUCGUCGCUAGCUACCUCUCAUACCCUUUUGCUUUGUUUAGUGUGGAUUUCUUUCUCAAUCAUGGUUUUUUGGUUUUACGCCUAGUUUAGUGAUCUGGUUAGAAAGAGUGAUUUCAUGAGACUUCUAAUCUGUUGUUGUCUUUAUAUUUGGUGCUGCGGAGUUUCUUUCAUUUUCUCA